CUUCGAGAGGCCCCAAAGCCACUAGCAUCAUAAUCCCCAAAUUCCUCGCCGCAGCCCCAUCCAGGGCAUCUCAUCUGCAGUUAUGCCCUACGGGAACAAGUCUCUGAGCCCGGACCGCACAGAUUCUAUACCCAACAGGUCCCUUCUUUAAGGCGGAAUAUCUCUUGAGCAUCAUCGGAACGUUUUCCCUCAUCAAAGGGAGCAGGAACCAGCUUGUCUUCAACCUGAGGAGUCCGCAGAGGGCUGGACAAUAAGAACAGUGCGGAAAAUACGGAAUCGAAGCCAGACAGACACCCCCCUCCCCUUUCUUUCUCUGCCUUUCGAGGGGCAUAGGAAGGUGUGCCCCGAAUGCUUCCGGCGCUGGAGCGCGCUGGCCCUUUAAGCAGGAGCUCCGGGAGCGGCCCAGGUAUGGGGCGGGCCCAGGGGCGGGCGAGCCCUGAGCCGGCGCGGUCUCGUAGCCGGAUUUGGAGCGCGGCGCCGGCGGGGGCCGGAGGGGGCGGCGCGGCGGACCUCGGUGGCCUCGGACGCUCCUCCUCGAGAGCGGCCGCCGCCCGCCUCCGCCCGCGCUAGCAGCUCUCUCGCCCCGGCCGGCACCCGCCGCCGCUCCAGGCCGCUCACUUGGGACGCGCUCACCUGAGACAAGGCGCCCGCCGCCCUCACCUGGGCCAGGAUGAAGGACCGGCUGGAGCAGCUGAAGGCCAAGCAGCUGACGCAGGAUGAUGACACGGACGAGGUUGAGAUUGCUAUUGACAACACAGCCUUCAUGGACGAGUUCUUCUCUGAGAUUGAAGAAACACGGCUCAACAUUGACAAGAUCUCGGAGCAUGUAGAGGAAGCUAAGAAACUCUACAGUAUCAUUCUCUCUGCACCGAUCCCAGAGCCAAAACUUCCAUGGAAUCCUCUCCUAUCUCCUGAGAUUGAGCUCACAUGAAACCAAAGAUGACCUUGAACAGCUCACAACUGAGAUCAAGAAAAGGGCCAACAAUGUCCGGAACAAGCUGAAGAGCAUGGAGAAGCAUAUUGAGGAAGAUGAGGUCCGGUCAUCUGCAGACCUUCGGAUACGAAAGUCCCAGCACUCCGUCCUCUCCCGGAAGUUUGUGGAGGUGAUGACAAAGUACAAUGAGGCUCAGGUGGACUUCCGUGAACGCAGCAAAGGGCGCAUCCAACGGCAGCUUGAAAUUACUGGCAAGAAGACAACAGAUGAGGAGCUGGAAGAGAUGUUGGAGAGUGGCAACCCAGCCAUCUUCACUUCUGGGAUCAUUGACUCCCAGAUUUCCAAGCAAGCCCUCAGUGAGAUUGAGGGUCGGCACAAGGACAUCGUAAGGCUGGAGAGCAGCAUCAAGGAGCUCCAUGACAUGUUUAUGGACAUCGCCAUGCUGGUGGAAAAUCAGGGAGCCAUGAUUGACCGCAUUGAGAACAACAUGGACCAGUCAGUGGGCUUUGUGGAACGGGCUGUGGCAGAUACCAAAAAGGCGGUCAAGUAUCAGAGUGAAGCCCGGAGGAAGAAGAUCAUGAUCAUGAUCUGCUGUAUUAUCCUUGCCAUCAUCUUGGCUUCUACCAUUGGGGGCAUAUUUGCCUGAAAAAGAUGGGAUCUCAACGGGCAUCUCCACUCUUCCACGUCCGUGGUGCCAUCAUGUCUCCCUUCAGUCUUCCUCAGCUAUGUCUCUUUUCAUUAGGAAACUUACAACACAGGGCACCAAUCAACUGUUUAUUAAAUGUUAUGACAGAUUUGACCAAAUUAAUGAAAAUGUAGAAUUGAAAGAGAUAGGGAUGAAGGAACAGGGAGCAUGGCAAUAUACAGUUGGUUUAGAUGGCCCUUAAAGGGCAGGCCUGCAUGGUAGAGAAGCGUAAUGGGUCCCUGUUUAGAGUACAACACACACAGCCUGAAGGCCAGGAUGGUGGUGAAGAGACAGGCAUUAUAACAUGCUCAACAGGGUCAUAACUGAACUCAGUGAGGCUGUCUCUCAGAUCAUGGUACUCCCUACUUUUACUCUAAUGGCUCUUCUAGGUCGCAUUCUUAACCAACCACAUGUCUGCUCCUUCUUUCAGGGUCCAAGAAUAGUUUUUAAUUCAUAGAUUGUUUAAGGAUAGACACAACACUACCAUGUCCCUACUGCUUAGCACACAGUGCCUGCCAUUUUCAGAUGUCUGCUUACUUAUAGUCAAGCUUUGAUUUCAUUCAUGGAUGAGUCUUUGAGCUUGGCUUUUAACUCUUUAAGGUAUCAUUGGGAACAUGAUUUUUUAUUAAUUGGAGGCAUAUAGAAAAAUAUGGCAACACUCCUAUUACCAUACCUGUUAGUGUUCUGUUUUGAGGGAUGGUGGUUAUGUAGAAGCUGGCUUUCUAUUGGUGGUAUAAAUUUCUAUCAGUACUCUCAUUUGUCAGAGAUGAUGGUUGGUCUCAGGAUGGUGGUUCAUUCAAUAAAUUCAUUCCUCCAACAAAAGAAAGAAGUUUAUACUAUGACCCAGCUCCCAAACCAGCACACCAUGUUAUCUGGAACAAUGGAAGGAAGCUGAGGGGAUAAAGUGGAACGAGGCUGCUGCUUCAGCCCUCACCAGGUCUGUGGUAGAAGAGGCUGCAGGUCAGUGAAAUGUGCAAGAAACUGGUCCAAACACAUUUCUAACUCAAGUGUCACUGUGUUCCACUUUAAAAAUAAUUUACUUAGAGACUAUUACAUUUUAUAUUCAUUAAAAAUAAAUGAAAAUCUGGGUCUAACUUUUGAAAGUAAGUGUUAACUUACUUGAAUGCUGGUUCCCCCAGAAAAACUGAUUACUCUUGUUACGGAUAAAUGAAGCUGGCACCAUGAAGUUUUGGAUCACAUGGGACCCUCAAUUACCCAGCAGUGUGUGUGUGUGUGUGUGUGUGUGUGUGUGUGCUCCUAAAGGGACAGAGAGCCAAAUGCCCCUCCUUAGCUGGCGUCAGAUCUAGGAAGCACCGAAAGGGUCUCACCUUUUGUUAUUAGUUCUCUUGCUAAAUUCCUUGUCAUAUUCCAUGUUCUCCCUUCUGAGACUGAUAGAAGAUGGGCAGCUGGGCAUUAAUAAAUCUCUGUUGAACCCACUA